GCACCCACCUGUGCCACUCUGCAGUGUCACACACCUGUGCCCAGAAGUGCCACCUACCUGUGCCCAGCAGUGAAACCCACCUGUGCCCACCAGUGCCACCCACCUGUGCCCACCAGUGCCACCCACCUGUGCCCACCCACCAGUGCUGCCCACCAGUGCCAUCCACCAGUGCAGCCCAGCAGUGCUGUCAGUCAGUGCCACCAGUCAGCAUCCAGCGGUUGUGCCAGUCAGUGCCGCCAGUCAGUGCCCAGCAGUGAUGCCAGUCAGUGCCGUCUAUCAGUACCCAUCAUCAGUGUCACCUAUCAGUGCCGCCUAUCAGUGCUGCCUAUCCGUGCCACCUCAUUAGUACUGCCUAUCAGUGCCCUUUAG